CCUGCCCAGUCUGAACAGGGCCAAUCAGGGACGAACGAGUGCGGUACAGGCACAAACCAGACCAGUCAGUGCCAGAACGUGUACAUCAACUCUGUCACGGACUUUUGUCUCUGGGCACCUCCGGAUCCGACUUUUCAGGGCGUGCCGAGCACCAUUGGGGAGACGGAGAGGAUCGAGGUCGCUUGGUGUAUCCGGAGCGGGUAUGGUACCCGCCUGAUCCCCAACGGCGCCAUCACCGGAGCACACUUCGUGCAGACUCCUGAUUAUGUCCAGGUCACCGGGGUGGGCGAUAUGACACAGCUUAAUAUCCCUGCUGGGGACGAGGGAGGAGAACUCGACCCGCACGGGGCGGACGGGAAUGGCAACCCGAUUGGAGGACUCGUGUUCGGGUCAUCGUUUGGCGCCCUGCAGCAGUAUCAUGAGUGGACUAACUUUAUGGACUACCAAAGCUUCUGCUUUAGGGCGUGUAAGGACGCCCCGGAAGCCCCGCUGUUCUGUAACCAUGUGUACGAUCUGCUCGGUUGUGAUUGGAACAUGCCUGGGAACUACGACGCCGGCACGUUCGAGAACUGUGUUGGAGACUCUACCGAGCCCAUGGGGAUAUACGUCAAUGGGGGAACGACGAGCACCUUCUCCCAAGGUGAUCCUACCACGCCAGACGCGCACCCUGCAGGAUCGUCGAGCGACUGCUCGCAACUGCCAACAAUCUCUAACGCAGCCGCC